AUGUGCGUGCGUGCGCAGUUAGUCCAGCCAGUUAUGUUCUACCCUUUGUGUACUAGGGAUUUUAUGGAAGUAGAUGCUUGUCUUGAAUAUUUAUUUCUGUUCUUAGAUUUCUCUGAUCGUGAAGAGGACAACCCUCGCAUAUUCAAUCAGGAAAAGGGAAAUAAAUCCGGAAGAAAGAGAGAUAUAGAAAAGGAGAUCUUGAGAGAGGAAAAUUCAUGCGAAUAUGAUGCAAACAAGAAAGGGACAAAGAACCGAGAACUAAAACGCCUCUCUAAUGCUGGAAUACUUCUCGUGUUUCAGCCUUUCUCCUCUUCAGUCUCCGUCCAUGCGUCACAGUUCACAGAUGUAUAA